CUCAAAUAAGCCAUCACGUCCUCUGACCUCUCAUCCUUCUGCUUCAUCUCCUCCCGUCCGAUCUCACUUCUCGAUUUGGGCGUUUGAACUAAAUCCUGGUGGGUGAGGCAAAUAUAUCUCUUUUUUUGCUGAAUGUUCUUGCUCUGGAGUUGGAAGAGAAGGAAAUGAUUCCGGCGGACGGUGGUCGACGGAUCGGCCUCAAGUUCUCCGAGCAUGUCAUUUCGACGAGAAAGACGGUCACGGCGGGAAGUGGGAGGAGAAGCGUCGUUCGUGUGUUCUUCGUCGAUGCCGACGCCACCGACUCCUCGUCGAGCGGCGAGGAGCGCGGUGACCUCCGGCGCCGAGUGAAGCGCCACGUACGUGAGAUCCGGAUCGAAGGGACGGCGCCGACGCAGAGCAGGAGGAGGGGGAAGGCGGAAAAGUGGUCGGGAGAGGCGCGCGAGAGCGGGGGGAAGCGGUUCCGCGGGGUGCGGAGGCGGCCGUGGGGUCGGUGGGCCGCGGAGAUACGGGACCCGAACCAGCGGAAGAGGGUGUGGCUCGGGACCUUCAACACCGCCGAGGAGGCGGCGGCGGCGUACGACGAGGCCGCCGUCAGGCUGAAAGGGCCGAGGGCGGUGACCAACUUCGCGGAGAGGGCGACGUCCCCUCAUUCUAAAAGUGGCGAAGUCGUAGCUGGGUCGCAAUCUUCGCCGACGUCGGUGCUACAGUACGGGGAAGACUGGACGGCGCCGAUCGAGUUCGCCGACGGCGGCUUAGCGGAGUUGGGAGGAGAGGCGUCGCCAUUUUGGCUACAUGACUCGUACUAUCGCCACUGGACGAGUCCGAGACUGAGUGAAGUGGCGGAGUUCGGUGACUUGGACACUGAAGAUUUCUGCUAACCGGCGGAGUUUUUUACCUAUUUUUUAUUUUUAUUUUUGUGGUGUGGGUUUUAAAUGGAACAAUAUUUGCAGCAUUUUUGACAUGAAAAUGGUGUGGGGAGGAGAGUCAAGAGUGGGCGGCUGUAUUUUGUCCUGACUGUAUUGUACUGUGGAUCCUGUGAUAUAUCGGAUCGUCUGUGAUGAACCAUAUCACACCUUUACUCUAAUAAAAAUGAGCGGCUUUUCUUAGAA